AAUUUGGAUGCCCCAAGGGAGACACUCAGCCAUCUUGUCAAGAUGAGUUGAUAAGAAACACAUCAGGAAAAAGUGUGAAGAGCGAAGUGUCCAGCAUGACUUCCGGACACACUCAGGGAUCCGGGCCGAGUCUCAGCCGCGACUCACUCGUGGUGGUGACGCACGCCUCGUCGGGCCACCAGGCGUGUCUCCUCUCCGACCGCGACUCGCCGUCAGACUACCUCUUCGACUGCGAGUGCUGCUGCGACCCGCCCUGCCCUGCGAGCUGCCCCUGCGAGUACCCGACGAGGAGGCGGACGACAGCGAGUACACGGGGCAUGGCUUCGAGGACUCCAGGGACAGCACCGAGGACCUGCCCCGAAGUCUGUCCAUGCCCUUGAAGGAGCAGGCGCAGAUGCAGAAGGCCGGGGAGGAGGCCUGCGAGCCCAACAGCAACAACAACAGCGUGAGGGCCAAGACCAGCCCGCGACCCGCCAGCAACCCCGUCGCCUUCAGUCCGUAUGACCUCACGUUGCCCAGACCACCCAGGAGAGACCCGAGCGUGGACUUCGAGGGCGGCGUGAGGACUCUGGAGGGCGUGUACCUCCCCCUCGGCCCAGACCUCCACAUGGACGACCAGAGCGCCUCGUCCAGCGCGCUGGACACGGUGUCUCCGCUGGGCCGCACGAGGGAAGCGGAUGCCUCGGCCAUGGACGAGGCCUUCAGGACCCGCUCCUUGCCAGCCUGGGUCAGGAACAAGACGCGACCGCUCACGACCUUGGACGACCUGAACACGAUCUAUGAGAAGCCGCACUGGAGCAAACGCCGACGCAACCGCAUGCGGAGCGACGCAGCGGCCGUGAUCGCCCUCAGCAAGUCCCGGGGCCGCCUGCUGUCGCCGAGCCCGCAGGUGACGGCCCAGACGAGCACGAGCGUGGCCGCGCAGCCCGACACGGCGGCGCUGGUGGAGAACGAGGCGGUGAUCGUGUACGACGAGCGGACGGCCCUGUGAAGGCGCCGCCGGCGGUCUGCUCGGGUCGCGCGUACCUGAAGGGCUGUUAGUUCAUGCGAUCUGCAGCGAAGAGUCACUGGAGGAUAUUUGUUCAGCUGAGUGCCACGUGAAUCUCCCGGUUGCCAUCUGGAGUAAUUUAGGAUAUAAGGAAACGUCCCCGAGAGGUCAGCCUCGGCGGGAAGGCGAGCGACAGGUGUGCGAGACGCGCACUUGUCCCAGGUCGGCCUCGGAGCCAAAUAGACGUAGCACUAAUUACCUGAGAUGUGGCACCAUCUAUGUGUAUGGCUGUGUGUGUAAGAGUGAGUGUUGAUCUCCGUGCAUCAUGUCAGACUGCAGUGCAAGUUUUCCUGGCCGAUAAAUUAGUACCAGAUGUAUUUCGAUCCUCGCACCAGGAAGUCUAGCUCAAAUGACUGCACUUUUGGCACUGUGAAUACUUCGAUGUCUCGCUCCAUGUGGCAACUUGUAUUGCAAAAUCAGCUGUUUUGGUGAGAUCUGAAGACUCGGUUGUUUAAAGGAUAAAUAACUUCAAUCUGUACACAGAUUGCUGUCAGAUCAGAAUGAAUUAACAACGUGAAUAAUGUACAACACAAAACCUUGAUUUGUCGUGACAUUUGAAUAACAUUAUAUAUCGGGUGUGUUUUCACAUUUUAAUCUUCCUCGGAGCGCAGUGUCAAUCCGAGGGAACUUGUAUAAAUAAUGUAAUAUAUGCCUAUUGAACACAGACAACACAGUAACUAGCCGUGUAAAAUAAAAGCCGUUUACAGUAGAUUUUGUACAUCAAAUUUUUACUAAACAUACAACCCAUACCUCAUCCCCGGGCGUGCGAUGACGUGAAGUGAGGCCCUGAAUGCUGCUCUCUUCCCAGCUGGACACGAGACUGCCAUGGCUUCGCAGUGAGGUGAGGCUGGACUCGGUCUGCUCUCGACUUCACAUGCGGAGACGCGUGUGAAUACAUCAUCCAGACUCAUGCUAGGAUUAUGCUGUAGGUUAAUUUUUUUCUUUCCCAGAGACCAUAUAACCCGAAGACAUACAAAGUUAUCAACUUUAAACUGUAAUUACUCUUAUAUUUUUUUUCUACUAUUAUGAUAAAUAAUAAACCCAUUUUUAAUCUCAUAUUAAAGCAUAUAUAUAUAUAUAUCCGGAUAUUUAUAUAUAUCUUCGACAUUAAACUCCCCGCC